GUGAUUGUCAAAUUUGGAUUAUACGUGUCCUUGUGUACGCCAAGAGUAUAAAGAGGCACAUGUUUUGUGUGCCUACGAACGAACUGCGUUGUUUUUACCAUGAGUGGUGAAAAAUACAAGCUAUACUAUUUCAAUUUCCGAGCACGCGGUGAAGUGAUACGCAUGGUGCUGCAUGCAGCCGGUGUGCCUUUUGACGAUGAACGAAUCCCAGCAGAUGACUGGGCAAAACGAAAAUCUGAGGUUCCUGGCGGAAGGAUGCCUGUGCUCCAAGUGUUCGAACCCGAUACACCGGAUAAACCGAAGAACUAUGUGGAGAGCAUGGCAAUAGCACGGAUGUUGGCAAGAAGAUUUGACUUGAUGGAUUGCACAGAAGAGGGUUACUACAACAUUGAACGAAUGAUUGGUGAACUUAUUUCACAGUCACUGAGUGAGUCUGCUGGCAAGUUCGUUGCUGGAUGCAAAGUUACCCUGGGCGACCUCUGUCUGCUGGCAUGCUUGGAUCACGUGGACAAAGCGGAUCCUGAAUUUCUGAAAGAGAAAUACCCCAAACUUCUGGAGUGGCGCGAAGCCGUGUUGAAGGAGAAGCCAAAGCUUGCAGAUUACAUAAAGUCACGUCCUGACACACCUUUCUGAUUUUUCAUGGGAAGCCAUUAAGCAAACACUUGAAUCAUUGUCGUAUCAUUGCUCCAUUUGUUCAGUUUAGCUUUGGGUGUUUUUUCUCUCCACUGAUCCCUGAUAAACUGUUUUUGACUUUGACCUUUGCAAACUGUCUACAUUGAAACAUGUGUUGCAGUCGGAAGACACACGUAUAAAAUGUUUAUAUUCUGAUUAUGCCUGUGUCUCUCCAAGGGACUCCAUCCAUCUUGAGGGACCAAAAACAGCUGACAUCUUUUUUGUUUUAGUCAGUCCCAGCGAGGACUUUAGCAAAAACAACCAUAAACAGACAAACUUCAAAUGUCCUCUCAUGAUCCUUGAUAUUUUCUGAUUAUCCUGUCUCCAGAUGGUGGCAUCAUUGCCUAAAUAUUUUUCCCACUCACGUAGUUAGGAUGAGCUACACUGAAUUCAGUCCCAACGAACUCAAAGAGCAUGACUUCCAAUCAAAAAAUAUCCGGAACAAGUACAACAGACUGCACGAAUACUUGCUUCAAAGAGGCUUAAUGAAACGGGAGGACACAGUUCAAUGGAUGAUGGCUAACAACAUUCUCAGGAAUCGCAGGAUCUUCAAUCGCUUCCGUUCCACUAAACAGUAGUUGAUAUUCAGGUUGUGUCCGAGACGUGGAUACAACAAUGAAUAGGGGCCACUACGCUAGUAGAAUCCUAUGUGUAUCAGAUCAAUAUAACUAGAGUUUAUAGUAGGGAUAAAGAUGGUCCCUGGAUGAAGUUAUGCCCACUAAUGCAUCCGCAGACAUGUUCCAGUGAUCUGAUAACCCCAAUCAAAUCGGCCUUCAUCCGGCAUUGAGUGAGAAAUACGACAAAAUGGGGAAAAUAUCGGGAGACGAGUUUGUUAAAGCGAUUCUGUAUGCUUGGAAUCGAAUGCAGCUGGAACUGAUAGUUGGAAGUCAACAAGUUUACGGUUUUGUUGACCUGGGUAGACAACAUUUCGAGAUUUAGGAAUCCCCGGUAAAAUGGAUGAAUUUUGGUAUGAAAUCACAUGUUUGUUCACUCCGGUUAGCGACCACGGAGAGCUUUCGGACAGAGAUGAUCUCACGAGCGAAAACAAUGUCGUCAGCGUGUCCGGCUUACACUCGGAGUGCACGGUUUAGAAUUAUCGUGUCUACAACCUUCGUAUCAAGUAAUGUUCUACACUUAUUGCCAAGCCAACGAGUGAAGUAACUGAGAGAAAUUUCUGGCAAUCGUACGAUUCUAUGCUAGUAAAAGGAGUUCCUUAAUUGAAACAACAUGCCAAAGCAUUAUAAUAAUGUGAUGAACAUGACUGCUACUCUAUUCAUUGCUCUACUUACUGUUCUCUUGUUUUAAUAUUCCAUAUGCUGUACAUAUUCGCCAAUUCGAAUACAUACGUGCUGGUUGUUACGCUGCGCUGAAUUCUGGAUUUCUAGUCCGUCUGGUUAUACCGAUAUACGUACGAAACUUAAUUCUCACAAAUAAACUGCCUUUUG